AUGGAUGUUUCCUUGUUCAGAGGCUGCACAGCGGCUCCCGCUGCUUGGAGGCCGCGAGGCCGAAAUGCCAUAAAGAGCAUCCCGUCGCCGUCUACCAAGCUGCUAAGGGUCGACAAAGAAAAGCGUGCACCAUCUGACAUACCUCUUCGCAAUGGCUGCAAGUCGUUCAUCUCCUUCUUGUCCGUCGCAGCCGUGUCGUCCGCCAGCGUGUCUCAUCGAUUGGAUCCGCGGGCAGACGCAAAGAUACAAUGGGGCCCUUGCAACCAAACGAUUGUCAACACGACGCUCCCUACCGAGUGCGCGGACUUUACCGUCCCCCUCGACUACACAACGCCUAGCAGCAAGGAGACCAUCAGGCUCCAAAUCGCCAGGAUCGAGGCAAAGGUACAGCCCGCCAGGGGCACCAUUCUGAUCAACUUUGGAGGCCCCGGCUCCAACGGCCGAACCAGCCUGGGCUAG